AUGGGCUACACCACUAAAGAGCUCUUCAGCAAUUGCCUCAGUGCAUACUAUGUGGCCCUCAUCAACACGUGGUAUGCAUGGGGCAUUCGUGGCAAGAAGUUUCCAUUGCUGUGGCUACCUCUCACAACCCUCCGGAAUGUCGUCCGGAUGCUGGCCAACUUGGCCCUCAGGCUUCAUGCAUGGCCUGAAGACAUCACCUGUGAGCCUGCAAUGACGAUGGAAGACACAAUAGAAUACUGGUUUGGAUUGUUGAAGUCAUGGAAGAAGGGCGUGAACGGGACUUCGACCACCGCCAAUGCCCUGAUGGCAGCACAGCUUCUCCAUCUUCGCAAUUCGACUCACCGCACCCAGUUUGCUGCUUUGGCACGCCAAGCCUUUGAUGAUGCUGCUACAUUUGCCUCUUGCUGCCUUGUGGACUGCUCUGCCUCUGCCAUCAAGAGCAAUGUAGAGGAGUGGUACAAUGAGACGGGAAAGGCACUGCUGAUUGGAGAUGCAUCUAUCUCUGAGGAGGACGACGAUUCUGAAGAUGAAGAGAACAGCCAUGAUUUCAGCAAAUCUGUUUGCCACGCCAUCGAAGCAGCGGAGACAGACUUGAUUCUGACGACAGAGCUUCAUAAGAUCCAGGAGGAGCUUCCUGCAGCCCAUGAUCCAACAGAUGAAGCUGAAGAUGUCAAUCUGAACUGUGGCAGUGAGAGUGAGAUCGAGACAACAGAGCCGCCUGCGAAGAAAGAAAAGACAGGAGCCAUCCCCAAAACAUUACAUGAUGUUUUGGAAUUCAGUGAAUUGGCUAACUUUGAUCCUGGAAAGAAGGACAGCGAAUCUUUGAGGAGACAGCGACUUGCUGCUUUGAAUCCACAUAUGAGAGCCUUUUCAUCUUAUGCUAGAUGUGCUGAAGGAAUCUUGAGCAAGGCUGUGAUAGCAGGUCAUCGGCGAAAGGCACAUGAACAAUGGAUCUUUGAAAAGGAGCUCGCCCUUGCUCGUGCAGAAUAUCAGUGUUCUGCCCAGAGGCAGAGUCGUCACAGCCUGUGGGCACAAUACUCCGAGCGUGUCCACAAGGUUGUGAGUUCCAUGGCAGAGAACGGGGAUGAAGAAGCCGCCAAAGCUGCUGUGGAAUGUAAGAUCCUCACACCAAUGUCCUUUACGAAUGAUUCUGGAUGCAGAGCAUGUCAACUUUUGGUUGUUCGCCCGAUGAAAUCAGGAUCCUUGAAGCUGGGAGUGAUAUCAACCCUGUGGCGAGGUGGAAAGGACAAGAAAAGGUCCAAACAAUACAUUUGGUCUGAGCGCUCCUUGCCACAGUAUGCUGCUACCAUGAUGCACAUCAAGUUGUUGCUCCCUGCAGGUGAGCAAGAUGAAAACAAAUGGGAGUUGCUCACAGCCGAUAGCUUCUCUCCUGUUGUGGCCUUGGACCCAUCAGAUGACGGAUCCCUCAUCAUGGAAAUUCCUCAGUCGCGUUUCAAACACUCCUUUGAGGAUAGAUGCCUGAAGGUUUGGAUUUCCAAAUCGUCCAUCAAAGCAAUUGCCAAGAUCUAUGAAUCAUCCAUUCCAUUUGAGGUCAAGAAGAAAGGCUCCGAGGAUGUUAUGUCGAAAACAUACUUCACCGAGAAUGAUUUCCAGCGCAAUCAGGCUGGCGUCAAGAACCUGACUAGGUACAUGGCUCAAAUGCGGCGGGACUUUGAGACCCACUUUCAUGAAUUGGUCUCAGAAUCAGGCUUGGUCAGACUCCGCAAAGACACCAAGGUCUCAUGGGAGGAAUUGGUUGCUCGGGUGCCAUCGUACUUCAAACGGUAUUGCCGCAACAGCUCGCAUUGGAAAGAGAUGUCGAAAGAAUCUCAAUCCAAGUCGUUUCCUGCUGUGAUUUUGUAUUGUUUUCUUUAUUAUUCAGACAGACCACCACAUGUAGGCAACCCUGGGAAUAGUUCUUUUUCCCUGACCUUUGUGAGGGUUGUGGUAUUUUUAAAAAAAAACACAAUACAUGAGAACACAUACAACAAAUAUUCCAUCAGAUUAUCGCUAGUGCAAUACCUUCAGAAUACUUUUUGGGGCAAUACUAGAUGCUCAUAUAUUUUACUAAAUUCAUUAUUAUCUAAAUAUUCUAAAGGAUUAUCACUAGUGUAA